CCUUUUUCUUUCAGCCCCCGUUGCAAACAUGGCGGUUGCCAAUAUUUCUAAAAAGCGAAAAUUCGUCGGAGAUGGAGUGUUCAAGGCGGAACUGAACGAGUUCCUCACACGGGAGCUGGCCGAGGAUGGCUACUCCGGCGUGGAGGUGCGCGUCACCCCCACCCGCUCGGAGAUCAUCAUUAUGGCCACCAGAACCCAGAGUGUGCUGGGAGAGAAGGGCCGAAGGAUCCGUGAGCUGACCUCAGUCGUCCAGAAGAGGUUCAACAUCCCCGAGCAGUCCGUGGAGCUGUACGCGGAGAAGGUCGCCACCCGCGGUCUCUGCGCCAUCGCCCAGGCCGAGUCCCUCAGAUACAAACUUAUCGGAGGUCUGGCCGUCCGUCGUGCGUGCUACGGUGUCCUCCGCUUCAUCAUGGAGUCUGGGGCUCGUGGUUGCGAGGUGGUCGUCUCCGGCAAGCUGCGAGGACAGCGAGCCAAGUCCAUGAAGUUCGUCGACGGACUCAUGAUCCACUCCGGAGACCCAUGCAACGACUACGUCAACACCGCCACCCGACACGUACUGCUCAGGCAGGGAGUGCUCGGUAUCAAGGUAAAGAUCAUGUUGCCAUGGGACCAGCAGGGCAAGAACGGCCCCAAGAAGCCGCAGCCAGACCACAUCCUGGUGACGGAGCCCAAGGACGAGCCCGUGCCCCUCGAGCCCACCAGCGACGUGCGUUCGUUGGCGCCCGUGCCCGCGGCCGCGCCCGUCGUCGCCGCGACCGCCUAGGUGAUAAGGACUCAA